AUGUCUUGCUCGACAGCAACGUUUCGUUCAUCUUGUGCAGUACGUAACAUUGUGUUGUACCGGGCAAAAGAGAUAGGUCGCAACCAGGUGGCAGUUCUAGCGACAAGGAGUUGGAGAGCAAUGGAGAGUUCCCUAUGUAGGUUGCAGAAGCUCUGCUUUGAGAGUGUUGGCCGGUAUGCAGUAGUGCAAAAGGCUGUGGAAAAAUGGCAAGAGGACAAGACACCAGUGGUGGCGGCCGUAACGGCCGGCACGCUGGCAUUCGUGCUAUGGGCGGGCUGGGGCGUCGGCGGGCGCAAACAAGCGGGUAGCAGACGCAAGCGGAGCGCGCGCGGUGGGCGUAAUGGUGUUGCGCUGCGUAAGGGUCCGGAGGACAGCAUCGCGGCGGUAGAAGCGCGGUACGAGAAGGAAUUCCGCGAGCGUGCUGAGCGGGUCGUCGCUGCGGGUCGGCUAGCCGACGAGAAGGAUGAGUGGGAGUGCAAUUUCUGCAAGGAGAUGCUGCUGAAGUUGCUGAUUGAGCUCGACGGGAUAGAGCUGACUGCCGAGAGCGGUGAGCGGCGGGCGACGCUGAAAAAGCGGCGCAAGGCCGCUAUUCUGAAGAUCCAGGAGCAGCUGAAGCGGCUGGACGAGCUCUGUGCACAGUAG